UUCACAAGUAACAGGCGGGUAACAAUAACAUAAAACUAAGCUUCGUCAUCAUGGGACAACAGUGGCGCCAUAGACAGAGGAGAGCCAACAUUAACACACGUCCAUGAAAGCUACUCUCAAAGAAGGACCUCCAAACCCUAUGAUUCGACAGAGUCUUAGGGUUAGGGUUAGUAUUGUUAACAGACAUGGUGAGAAUCUGGUGGGAAUAUUGCAUGAUACAGGUUCUGAAGAGCUCGUUAUAAUCUGCCAUGGCUUACAAUCCUCUAAGGAACGUAUUCCUAUGGUGAAUCUUGCUGCUGCAUUCGAGAAAGAAGGAAUCAGUGCUUUUCGCUUUGAUUUCGCUGGGAAUGGUGAAAGUGAAGGUUCAUUUCGAUAUGGUAACUAUCGAAGAGAGGCUGAUGAUCUUCGUGAUGUAGUUCAGUACUUCAAUGAGAAGAAUCGUACUGUAAUUUCGAUUAUUGGACACAGCAAAGGAGGAAAUGCUGUGCUUUUGUAUGCUGCAAAACAUAAUGACAUUCAUACAGUUGUGAAUAUUUCUGGCCGAUUUGACCUCAAAAGGGGUAUCGAAGGUCGCUUAGGUAAAGAUUUUCUUCAAAGAAUCAAGCAAGAUGGAUUCAUUGAUGUCAAGAAUAAAAGAGGAAAGUUUGAGUACAGAGUGACUGAAGAAAGUUUGAUAGACCGCCUAACUACAGAUACUCGAGAGGCCUGCAAAUCGAUCGAUCACAACUGCAGGGUAUUGACAAUUCAUGGAUCAAUGGAUAAAAUAGUACCGAUAGAAGAUAGUUUCGAGUUUAACAAGUUCAUUUCUAAUCAUAAACUUCACAUUAUAGAAGGAGCUGAUCAUGAGUACACUUAUCAUCAAGAUGAGUUGGCUUCUGUUGUGUUGGACUUCAUCAAGGCAGGUUUUCGCCAAGCUGGAGAUCUACCUGUUCGGUCGCGAUUAUAGGAUGAUCUUCUUAUAUUUUAAGGAAAUAUGGACAACGAAAAUAAAACAUGUUCCCCCAAAAUAAUAUUAGUCAUAGUGUUGAGAUGUAAGUAACUAGAUUUAUUUUGACAUCAACAAGAAAGAAAUUGUUACAUUCUUGAAUUUUGAGUGUGUAAUAAUCUAUUGAAUAUACAUUGUCUUGAAUAAUUACUACUUUUGUCAUUUAAGAUAAUUAUUACUACAACAUAGAAAA